GUUCAAGAAAUCUCUUUUUCAAACCGCCAUGAAACCCUAGAAGGAGAAACUAAGCCCUCCCUCCAAAACAUUCGCAAACCCUCGCAUUCGAUCCAAUGCCAAAGGUUUAUGGAACCGGCCCCUACGACUUCCGGCGCCACCGCGUCGCUGAGUACCAUAUUGACAACCCCCCGGCGGCUCCCGCGGCUGCGGCACCGCAGGGAGCAUCCCUUUCUGGUUCCAUCACUCUUCUCGAGAUCCAGCGCGAUAGGCUUACUAAGAUCGCCGCCUCCAACUGGUCCCGCGCCGCUGGUGCUGAGCCCCCUGCUCGUCCCUUCGACCCUAGCCUCGUGAAAGAGAUAUACGACACUGAACUUUUAGUAUCCGGAGCUCGCAAGACUGUGCCUCUUCAUAGGGUUAUGAUUUUGGAAGUAAGCCAGUAUUUGGAGAACUAUUUGUGGCCUAAUUUCAAUCCGGAAACGGCCACUUUGGAGCAUGUGAUGUCGAUGAUACUCAUGGUUAAUGAGAAGUUUCGGGAGAAUGUGGCUGCAUGGAUUUGUUUCCAUGAUCGGAAGGAUGCGUUCAGAGGAUUCUUGGGGAGCGUCCUCCGACUGAAAGAAGAGGGGAGAGAUCUAAGUAUUGCUGAAAAGACAAAUUACUUGUUAUUCAUGAUUCAUGCUUUCCAGAGUUUGGAGGAUGAGAUUGUUAGUGGAACUGUUUUGAAGUUAGUAAGUCUGCAGCUAUGGCACUGUCUAUCACCUGGUCGACUUCAGAUGGAAUUCUGUCUCAAUCCUCAUUUAAUCUUGAAGUGGAAGAAGAUGAUCAAGAAAGAAAACAAGUAUGCUAAAAAAGGAGGACAUACUUUUGAGCCAUCAAGUAUGCUUGAAGUCACAUUUCUACGAAAUUUAAUUGAAGAAUUUUUGAAGAUACUCGACUCUGAAAUCAUUCAACCCAGGCCUGAUGAUAGUCCUGGGGCGGCAAGUAUUGGUGAACAAAUGGAUGAUGCUUGUGUGUUAUACUGUGAAAGGUUCACAGAAUUUCUGAUUGAUCUACUGAGUCAAUUGCCUACGAGAAGAUUUUUGAAGCCUCUUGUCGCUGAUGUUGCUGUGGUUUCUAAAUGCCAUCUAAGUGCCCUAUAUACUCAUGAGAAGGGGAGACUUUUUGCGCAGUUGGUAGACUUGCUACAGUUUUAUGAAGGUUUUGAGAUUGAUGAUCAUGAUGGAACACAGCUUAGUGAUCAUGAUGUGCUGCUAGCUCACUAUUCUCGUUUGCAAGCAUUUCAACUAUUAGCUUUUAAGAAAAUACCUAAGUUGAUGGACCUUGCAUUAUGUAACAUUGGUGCCAUUCAUAACCGUGCUGAUCUUUCAAAGAAACUAUCUAUAUUGUCUGCCGAGGAACUGAAAGAUUUGGUCUGCGAUAAGCUUAAAUUGGUAUCGGGUGGAGAUCCAUGUGCUGAUAGAGUUGACUUCCUUAUUGAAAUUUUGGUUUAUUUCUUUGAGAAACGCCAGUCCCAAAAGGAGGCUAUAAAUGCUCUUCCUCUAUACCCAAAUGAGCAGAUAAUGUGGGAUGAAAGUGUUGUCCCAAGCAUCAAUUACUCUGGAGAAGGAUGCCUUGCCCUCCCAAAGCUUAACCUGCAGUUUUUGACGCUUCAUGAUUAUCUAUUGAGAAACUUUAAUCUUUUUCGUCUGGAAUCAACUUAUGAGAUUCGUGAAGAUAUCCAGGAAGCUGUUCCACACCUUCUAUCUUAUAUUAAUAGUGAAGGGGAAACUGCUUUCAGAGGUUGGUCGAGAAUGGCUGUUCCAAUAAAGGACUUCAAAAUUACCCAAGUGAAACAACCAAAUGUCGGAGAAGUAAAGCCCUCCUCUGCAACUGCAGAAGUUACUUUCAGCAUUGCUAGCUAUAAGGCGCAUAUAAGAUCAGAAUGGAACGCACUUAAAGAGCAUGAUGUUUUAUUUUUAUUAUCGAUUCGUCCUUCUUUUGAACCUCUUAGCGCCGAAGAAGCUGCCAGGUCAACUGUGCCAGAGAGACUUGGUCUUCAAUUUGUCAGGGGGUGCGAAGUAAUUGAAAUUCAUGAUGAAGAGGGAGUGCUUAUGAAUGAUUUCACAGGUCGCAUCAAAAGGGAUGAGUGGAAGCCACCUAAAGGUGAACUUCGUACGGUUACUGUUGCUCUUGAUACAGCGCAAUAUUACAUGGACACAACUAAUAGAGCUGAAAGGGGUGCAGAAGAUGUAUAUGGAACAUUCAACAUAUUAAUGAGAAGGAAACCGAAAGAAAAUAAUUUUAAAGCAAUUUUAGAAUCUAUACGAGAUCUUAUGAAUGAAGCUUUUACAGUUCCUGAGUGGCUGCACAAUAUAUUAUUGGGUUAUGGAAAUCCUUCUGCUGCACAAUGGACCAACAUGCCUGAUCUUCUUGAAGUUGUUGAUUUCAAGGACACGUUUCUUGAUGCAGCCCAUUUGCGAGAGAGUUUUCCAGAUUUCCAGGUUUGCUUCCUCAACCCAGAAGGUAAAGAGGAACCAUCUCCAAAUCCUCCUUUUCGCAUAAGACUUCCCAAGACAUUGAAGGGAAGUGUCCAUGCUCUCCCAGGCAAUAAAAAAUCAAGUAACUCAGCUACAUUGGGUGGUGAUGAUAUGGCCACCCAAGGUGCUGAAAAGGAGAAACUUAUUGUUGAGCCAUAUAUACCUGCUGACCCUGGGCCAUACCCUCAAGAUCAACCUAAACAAAACUCUGUAAGAUUCACACCGACACAGAUUGAAGCAAUCAUUUCAGGUAUUCAGCCUGGGCUGACAAUGGUCGUUGGUCCUCCUGGAACUGGAAAAACUGAUACAGCUGUACAAAUUUUGAAUGUGCUUUAUCAUAAUUGCCCUUCGCAGCGGACACUAAUCAUUACUCAUUCCAAUCAAGCCCUAAAUGACCUGUUUGAGAAAAUAAUGCAGAGAGAUGUUCCCGCUAGGUACCUUCUUCGGUUGGGUCAAGGUGAACAAGAGCUGGCAACAGAUCUUGAUUUUAGCCGUCAAGGUCGUGUAAAUGCUAUGCUUGUUCGGCGAUUAGAACUUCUCAGUGAAGUUGAAAGGCUCGCAAGAUCUCUUAAUUUGCCAGAAGACGUGGGCUAUACUUGUGAAACAGCAAGUUACUUUUGGUUGCUACAUGUGUAUUCUCGCUGGGAGCAAUUUUUAGCUGCUUGUGAAGAGAAUCAAGAUCGACCAACUUUUAUCAAAGACCGAUUUCCAUUUAAGGAGUUCUUUUCAAACACACCUCAGCCUGUUUUUACUGGUCAGUCCUUUGAGAAAGACAUGCGUGCUGCAAAGGGUUGUUUCUGCCAUCUCUCGACAGUGUUCCAAGAGCUGGAAGAAUGCAGAGCAUUUGAAUUGCUGAAGUCCACAGCUGAUCGAGCAAAUUAUCUGAUGACUAAACAAGCCAAAAUUGUGGCUAUGACCUGUACUCAUGCAGCAUUGAAGAGGAAGGAUUUCCUCCAGUUAGGGUUCAAGUAUGACAACUUGCUGAUGGAAGAAAGUGCACAGAUAUUGGAGAUAGAGACAUUCAUACCAAUGUUACUUCAAAGGCAGGAAGAUGGUCAUGCUCGUCUCAAACGCUGCAUAUUGAUUGGUGAUCAUCAUCAGUUGCCUCCGGUUGUGAAAAACAUGGCUUUUCAGAAGUAUAGUCAUAUGGAUCAAAGUUUGUUCACCAGGUUUGUUCGUCUUGGUAUUCCUUAUAUUGAGCUGAAUGCCCAAGGUAGAGCUCGGCCAGAUAUAGCCAAACUGUACAACUGGAGAUACAGAGACCUUGGUGACUUACCUUAUGUUCGUGAGCAAGAUGUCUUUCAUAAAGCUAAUUCUGGAUUUUCUUAUGAAUAUCAGCUGAUAGAUAUUCCUGAUUACCAUGGGAAGGGUGAAACUGCUCCUUCUCCUUGGUUCUAUCAGAAUGAAGGUGAGGCUGAAUAUAUCGUUAGUGUUUACAUAUAUAUGCAGUUACUCGGGUACCCAGCGAGUAAAAUUUCCAUAUUGACCACCUACAAUGGCCAGAAGCUUCUGAUUCGUGAUGUUGUCAAUAGACGAUGCACCUCAUGUGGAAUCAGCCCACCUAGUAAGAUAACAACCGUUGACAAAUUUCAAGGUCAACAAAACGAUUUCAUUCUGCUGUCCCUUGUCCGAACUCGAUUUGUUGGGCAUCUUCGUGAUGUUAGAAGAUUGGUUGUUGCUAUGUCUCGAGCCCGAUUGGGUCUGUAUAUCUUUUGCCAUCGCUCACUCUUUGAACAGUGCUAUGAGUUGCAACCCACAUUUCAACUUCUGCUUCAGAGGCCAGAUCGUCUUGGUUUAAAUUUAGAUGAAACAACUCCAUUUACAGAUCGUCCUGUUGGAGAAACAGGAAGAGUGCAUUUUGUAGAAGGCAUCCAGGAUAUGGAAAACCUUGUUGUCUUCAAAAUGCACCAACUCUAUCGGGCCCAAGCCAUUAGCCAUUACUAUGCCGAAUUCUCAGAGCAAGAUCCCCAGACUGAAAACCCCAAAAUGUCACCAUCCCAGCGUCACCACACCGAGGAGGAUGCUGAUAUGCCCUUUGCAAAUGGUGAGAACACUACAUCUGAAAAUGGUGAUACCGGGAAUGCUCUGGCUGAAAACAAUGACUCUGGGAAUGCUAUUACCGAAGACGGUGAUACAGGGAAUACUCCGGCCAAAAACAUAGAUAGUGAUGAAAAUAAGAUGGAGGAAUGAAGACAAUGAAUCUUCAUCACCAGACAGGUCUGUUGGGCUGGCUUCUUGAAACUGUACACCAUUUAGAAGGUCCUUCUUGUCCAGAAGAAGAGUAAUAGCAUGUGGAUGGUGUAAAUUCCAGUAUAUGUAUUUCCAUUUUCCUGUUUGCUAUUAUUAUGCAUCAGCUCCUUUCCGUGCUAUAUUAUGAUUCUACUGCUUUUUCAGUAUGUUUUUUCUAUUGGCAACCUGUACAAAGGUCUUUUGACAAUGGUUAAACUAACAAUUAAGCUUUUUUUAAUUAGGUGAAGACAUCAAUGAAGAGGUGUUUUGUUUUUACACAA